AUGGCGGCGUGCACCUUCGUGGCGGGGUCGCCGUCGUCGACCCGCACCAGGCUGCUCCCGUCCGCGCCCCCGCGCGUCAGCCGCCGCGCGCUCUCCGCCUCCACCGACGUCCGCUUCGCCCGCCGCACGCAUAUCGCCGCCUCUCUCGGGGUAACUCAAAAUACAGGGGUCGUGAUGCCCGACACCAACAUUGUUACCCAGAAUGAUUUACUGAUCGUGGGCCCAGGUGUGCUUGGGAGACUGGUAGCUGAGAAGUGGCUAAAGGAACAUCCAGGCUGCAAAGUUUUUGGCCAGACUGCAAGCACAGAUCAUCACAGCGAGCUAACCGAUAUUGGCAUCAUUCCCUCCUUGAAGGGAUCCACUAUUUCUCAGAAGGCUCCAUAUGUUAUUUUCUGUGCUCCUCCAUCUCGUUCUGAUGAUUACCCUGGCGAUUUGAGAGUGGCUGCCUCAAAUUGGAGCGGUGAAGGUUCCUUCCUGUUUACAUCAAGUACUGCUCUCUAUGACUGCAGCGAUAACAGAUUGUGCAACGAGGAUUGUCCAUCUGUUCCAGUUGGCAGGGGUCCUCGUACUGAUGUCCUUCUUAGAGCUGAAAAUGUUGUGCUGGAGGCAGGAGGCUGUGUUCUCAGGCUAGCAGGACUUUAUAAAAUAGAUAGAGGUGCUCAUUUUUUCUGGUUGAGGAAGGGAACAUUGGACUCGCGACCAGAUCAUGUUAUCAAUCAGAUCCAUUAUGAGGAUGCUGCGUCCCUUGCAAUUGCCAUAAUGAAAAAGAGACCUCGGGGUCGCAUCUUUUUGGGCUGUGACAAUAAGCCUCUUUCCAGGCAAGAAAUAAUGGAUGCCGUUAACAAAAGUGGAAAGUUUGACACAGAAUUUCAAGGUUUUACUGGUACCGAUGGUCCAUUAGGGAAGAGGAUGGAGAACCCGAAAACUCGGGCUGAUAUUGGAUGGGAGCCCAAAUACCCAACCUUCACAGAGUUCCUUGGUGUCAGUAAUUAAUAGCCACAUACGUUGAACAAUUCUUCUUACUCUUGAGUUUUUUUUUUGCGGGGGUUCUUACCCUCAGUCUGAGUGAAUAUCAAUGUCAAGGGGACAGUAGGGAUGUGUGGAACCAGCGUAACUGCCGAUUUUUUUGUUGCCCCAAGCAGUUUUAGAAACUAUGCAAACACUGCACAAUGUAAAGGGUGUAUAUUUGUUUUGCUCGGUGGUCAUCCUCUGUUUGACUUUC